AUGGAUAAUGGUUAUUUUACGAAUUAUUAUAGUAACAUAAAUAUAAAGAGAUCAUUUCCCGAAGAAAAUAAAGAUAUAUUAAGUUUUAAGCAGGAAUAUCAGAAUACCUAUAGAUUGCUAAAAUAUGAGUUUGAAAAACUUCAAUCUCAUGAAGAUAAUGAAAUAAACAAAUAUAUUGAUAAUUGUAUAGAUGGAAUAAGAAUGAUGAGAAUACCUGAAGAAGUCGAAUUUAUGAUUAGUAAGGAAUUAGAUGAGAAAAGUGAUAAAUAUUUAGAUUUUAUCAAACCUGAAAUACUUGAAAAAACAUUGUCAAAAAAAUCUAGAAAUUGUAAUAAAAGAUCUUCUAGAUUUGCAGGAAAAAUCAGUUCAAUUCCAAAUACUAUUAGAACUAUAGAAGAAAUUAUAGACGAUAGAGAUAUAAAUAAUGUAUUAAAUUCUUAUUUAUUAACAAGGACAUGUUCAAAUGUCAGAUUAAGACGGCAAUUCGUUGGUAUGAAUAGUAUAAUAUAUCCUCAUGAAAUAUCUAGAACUAAAUUAGAGAAUAGAAAUGAUAAACAAAAGUUGAAAAAAGUGGAUAAAGAUUGUUUGAUAAUAACAGUUUCUUUCUAUCACCCAAUACGAGGAAUGAAAAUGGCAGAAUUUGAUGUUCUUGAAUAUCAAACAUUAGCAGAAAUCAGAGAUGCUUUUAAUUGUGAUGAUUCAAAAAGAGAAGAAGAACUUUUGAAAGUAAAAACAAAAGGAGCUUGUUUUUUUAUAGAUGGGGUAUUAUAUCCAGAUUUAAGAGAAACAGAAGAUGGGAUAAUUAAUUAUGCAACUUAUUUAAAAGGAUAUUGUAAUACAGUAAACAUAAUAGGUAAUAAGGAGGAAAUUAUUCCAAUGCACAAACGUAAAUUAAAUGAGAUUUCAAUUCCUAUCAAUUUACCAUGUUCAUUUUUACAUUCUGGUGAUUGUGAACAUCGAUUUACUUUUACAAAUAUAAGAGUAUAUCAAGAAUGUAUUGAUUGCCCAUAUGAAGAUGUUUAUCCACUGCAAAUUUACUCACCAAGUACAAUUCUAACCUUCUGUGAAAUAUGUGGAAUUAAUUUAGCCAAUAAACUUAUAUUUAAUGCUCUUAAUCUACCUAAGAAUCCCAGUUAUUUGUGUGAUUCAUGUACAUUUGCCUUUCUUUAUGAUAAAGAAACUAAAAAUCCAUUAGAAAACUUCAUUAUUUGCAAUAUUAAUUCUAAAUUACCUAAUUCAAGUGGAUGUAAUACAAAUUUCAGCUUAGAAACUCCAAAAUGA